AUGAGGCUUUUCCGCCGCCGCUCCGGCCCCUUGAAGGCGGCGCUGGCGGGGGCCGCCUUCCUCCUCCUCCUCCUCCUCCUGCCGAGGGACGCGGCCCGCAGGGAGCGGGGCGAGGAGGAGCCGUGGCUGCGGAACAUCGUGCCGGGCAAGGCCCAGGUGCUGGACCUGAUGCUCGGCGCCGUCCACAACCUGCGGGACUCGAUGCCCAAACUGCAGAUCCGGGCCCCGCAGCCCCCCCGGGAGCCGCUGCCCGGCGGGGGCCGCCCCUGCCCGCCCGGGGUCUACACGGCGGCCGAGCUGCGGCCCCUCCUCGAGAGACCCCCCCAGGACCCCGCCAGCCCCGGCGCCGACGGCAAAGCCUUCAAGAAGGAGCGCUGGAGCCCCGAGGAGAGCAGGGAGAAGGAGCGGGGCUACGAGAAGCACUGCUUCAACGCCUUCGCCAGCGACCGCAUCUCCCUGCAGAGAGCGCUGGGGCCCGACAGCCGCCCCCCGGAGUAA